UAUCCACAAUUUGUCUUGGACAGGGCGUGCUCUCCGUACAGGGUGGAGAUCGGAGGCUCCUUUGCCGGGUACAGGUGAUCGACGGACAGCGACAGCGGUGCCCUACCCAACCGGAGGACAUCAUCUAUCUGACGAUGACUGCGGUGGCCAGGAACGCAUCAGUGACAACCGGGGGCGACUGUAUCCUGUUCAGGGUGAAGCUUUUCAUCAUGGUGUUUCUGACGGUCGUCGACAUGACUCUCAACAGCAGCGUUGAGCACGAAACUUUUGGCACGUGGGACGGGACCGGGAGGGACGGAACCGCCUUGGUGCUCAUCCUUGGGUUUCAGCUCGUGGUCCAAGUGGGAAAUUUCGCUUGUCUCUUUCUUAUGAUGUUUGAGACUUACCCGUUUCGAGUCGGGCUUAUGGGGAUGCUGACGUCGCAAUACCUGACGGUGUACAUCAUAAACGUCUUGUAUUUUGUCACGACAGCCUGCGUCUACGGCUAUCGAGUGGCAGCCAUGGUGCAAGGCGAAGAAGGGAUGGGAAUCUGGCAAGUGUGGGACUUGCGCGGCUACCUUCCUCUCUCAAUCUUCCACAAGAUAGGCGACGGCAACUGUGUACUAUGUGACCAACAUCCGUGCGGCACUACUCCUCGGCGACCCGAUGUUCUACUGCAAGCAAGCGUGGGUAGGGAUGUACUUCGAUCGAGGGGGAGGACUAGGUGGUGGCCUUGAGAUCAAGCAGCGUGUGGAUGACGAGGAGGGAGAACGUCGCGAGGCUGCCCCCAAAAGCACCGACGCUGAACUGUCUGGGA